AUGCGAGGCGCGUUCUUAUACGCGGGACCAUGGACGGUCAAUAGCCACUAUUGUGGUGCCGGCUCCUACAUGCGAGAGGCAGGUACCGUGUACGACCGCGUAUGUAGUGAUCUAAAGAAAUGCUGUCGCCUGGAAAUAACCGCGGGACACUACCUGUUGGUGUGGGGAAAGGCUAACGGAAUGAAGCGCCAGCAGCCCGGGGCCCGCCGACUGCUACCUGCUUCUAUCGCUAAGCAAGGUUACGCAACUAGCUACCGUAACGAUCAAAAUGGGAGGGGUGCACAGGAGGCGUCAUUGGUUGACACCGAGGAUGACGACGACGACUCAUGCAAGCAAGCAAACCGCCAGUGUGUGAGAGGACCGCCCGAUCUACCGGAGUGGUGCCAUUACGACGCCAUGAAAGCACCGGCGAUUCUUUAA